CCUUGUGUGAGCUGUGUCACUGCAUAGCACAGUAGGGCCGUAGAGUUGAGCUGACUUCACUGCUACCAAUCCCGAGCCAAUCAGUUCAUUUCGUUCUCCUUUUUCUUUCCUUCCAAGAGCAGUAAGCGCUCUUAAUUGACCCCUUUGCCAUCUCUACAGCCCCUCUCAGAUAAGUCAGGUUUUGUUCCUUAUUAGUGUGUGUGUUUGGGAGAGAGCUCGUUCUCUUUCCACCACCACAUAGAUCUUUGGCUUGAACUUGGUGGCGAGAGCCUUUACCCGUUUAGCCACUUAUCCGCCCCUCUCCCCCUAAGGUUAUUUUUAGACACAGUCUCAUGCAUACAAGCCCGUGUGGUGUGUGUGUGUGUGUGUGUGUGUGUGUGUUUGUGAGAAAGUUGGUUCUCUUUCCACCACAUGGGUCAUUGGGUUAAACUUGGUGGCAAGUGUCUUCUUUACCUGUUAAGCCAGCCACCUAGCCGCCCCUCCCCAGCUCCCCCUUUAAUAUGAUUUUAUUUUUAGAUACAGUCUCAUGCAGACAAGUCUGACCUGGAACUCGGUGUGUAGCUGAGAAUGACCCUGGACUCCUAUUUGCAGAUGUGCAUCACCACAUCUGGCCAGUUGGUUUUUUUCCCCCUGUGUUUGUUUUCUUAUCCAUGACUUAUGUUUGGAAUGAGUGUAUAAGAGAUCAAACAUUUACUCAGUGUUUUCUGUACACCGAAUAUGGAGUCAUGUGGUAGACAUUUAUUAACUUGGGGAGCCUCUUGCUCCUUCCUUCCUUGCAUUGGUGGGGUUGGACCCCAGGACCCCAGACAUGUCAGGCAAGUGGAGACCUCUGCACUCUAGCCCAGCCUGCCCUUUCCUUUUUGCUUCUAUUUUAACUGCACCUUGGGUUUUUGCCUGAGUGUCCGCAUGUGUGCCUCCACCUCCGGACCCCCCCAACCCUGUUUGGCUUUUGUUUUAUAAUCUUAUUUUCUCGAUGGGUCUGGGAUACAACCCAGGUCUUUUAGAAGGGCUCUUAACUGCCGAGCCACCUCUCGGGCCCUGACUUUUUUUUUUUUUAGAUUUUUUUUUUUUUUUUGAGUCAGAGUUUCUCUGUGUAACCCUGGCUGUCCUGGAACUCACUCUGUAGACCAGGCUAGCCUCAAACUCACAGAGCUCUGCCUGCCUCUGCCUCCCAAGUGCUGGGAUUAAAGGCAUGUGUCACCACUGACUGGUAUGAGUUUCUUUUUCAUUUGUUAUGUGAGUAUUUAGUCUCAUGUAUGUCUGUCUUCGUUAGGGUUUUUACUGCUGUGACAAAACACCAUGCCCAAAAGCAAGUCAGGGAGACUGGGAAUUAUUUUACUCACAAAUUCAUUGCCAUUCAUCAUCCAAGGUAGUGAGGUCAGGAACUCAAGCAGGGUAGGAACCUGGAGGCAGGAGCUGAUGCAGAGUCCAGGGAGGGGCGAUGCUUACUGGCUUGCUCCCUAUGGCUUGCUCAGCCUGCUUUCUUUCUUUCUUUCUUUCUUUUUUUUUUUUUUUUGGUUCUUUUUUUCGGAGCUGGGGACCGAACCCAGGGCCUUGCGCUUCCUAGGCAAGCGCUCUACCACUGAGCUAAAUCCCCAACCCCUCAGCCUGGUUUCUUAUAGACUCCCUAGAACCAGCAGCCCUGGAGUGGCACUGCCCACGGUGGGCACUAAUGGAGAAAAUGGCUUACGAUUGUGUCUUACACAUUUUUCCCAGCUAGGGUUCCUUCCUCUCGGAUGACACUAGCUUGUGUCAAGUUGACAUAAACUGAACCAGCACAAUGUCUGCACACCACGUCUCUAUCACUGGUGCCAUCAGAGGCGAGAAGAGGGCCUAGCAUUCCCUGGAAACCAGUUACAGCUGGUUGUGGGCCGUCCGAUGUGGGUCCUCUGCAAGAACAAGUACUACUUGCUAACCAGCUCUCCGGCCCCUCCUGGUCUCCAGUUAUGCUAGGCUGACUAGGCAGCAGGCCCCAGGGAUGGAGGUCCCGUCUCUGCCUCUUCCAGCGCUGGGAGUCCGUGUGUGCUCAUACCCAGCUGUCCUCUGGGCUGAACUCAGGACUCCGAUUAGUAUGUGAAGCUCGUUGCUGACUGAGACCUCUCCCAACCCCACCACCAUCUUGAUUUUUGGAAAUGGUCUCUUUAUGUGGCCCAAAAUGUCCUUGAACUCAACAGUAAUCCUCUGGCCUCAAUCCCCCUAAUGUUCAGAUUACAGGCGUACGUACACCGUCUGUCUCAUGCUGUGACUACUCUUCCUCUUCCUCCUCUUCCUCCUCUUCCUCCUUUUUCCUUUUUUUUUUUUUUUUUUUUUUUUUUUUAGAUUUUUCUUUUUUUUUGAGACAGGUUUCUCUGUGUAGCCCUGGCUGUCCUGGAACUCACUCUGUAGACCAGGCUGCGCUUGGUCUCAGAGAUCUGCCUGCCUCUGCCUCCUGAGUGCUGGGAUUAAAGGCGCAUGUGCCAUCACCACCCAGCUUCUCUUUCCUUUUUUCCUUUUCUUUUCUCUUUUCCCCUUCUUCCUUCCUUCCUUCCUUCCUUCCUUCCUUCCUUCCUUUCUUCCUUCCUUCCUUCCUUCCUUUUCCUGAGACAGGGUCUUUUUACAUAGCCUUGGUUUUUCCCUGUUAAGCUACCUAGCUGCCCCUCUCCGGUUUGAGGCUGCAAAGGUUGUAGCCUCAAACUCUGCCUUCUUCUGUCUCCUAAAUGCUAGAAUUGAAGUCCGCGUCACUGUGCCCAGAAAUUUUUUUUUUAAGGCGGAGUCUUGUUCUGUAGACCAGGCCGCCCCUGUGCAUGCAAGUAAUUCUGCCUCUGCCUCCCAAGUGUUGUAUAAGGGCCACCAGCAGCCAGCCACCACUUCCCACUCACCUCUUCUCUCAGGGUAAGCUAUCAAUCCAGACUCUCAAGAUGGCCUAUGUCCCAGCACCCGGCUACCAGCCCACCUACAAUCCCAUGAGAUGCCCACAGGAGCCCACACCUCCUCUUACUCAAAUCUCAUUUGUUGUUGGGUUUUUAUUUGUUUUGGGACAGGAUCUCAGGCAGCCUGGCCUGACCUUGAAUUCACUGUAAUGAGGAGGCUCAUCCGGAAACAUCCUGGUUGGUUAGGGGAGCUUGGACCCAGGCACUCAGCAGCAUGCUCUGUAGUGCUGGAUAUGAAACCCAGGGUUUCCUGCAGGCCACAAAAAACAUUACCAACUAAGCUAGCAUCAAACUGGCAGCAAUUCCCCUGUCUCAGCCAUCCAUGUGCUGGAUUAUGAGUCGGGUCCCCAGUGUGACCGACCACUGCCUGCAUUCAUUUCAAAGAUUCGUGAUGUGGUUACUACCAUUUCUUCCACACUACCAAUGGGCAGAGAGAGAGAAAGGAGAUGAGGACUCUGCAUAGCCAGGAAGUGGCAAUGGCAGGACUGGAACUCAGAACCCGUGGCCCCAGCUGUGUGUGCUCUAAGCCCCUGUUAUACAGUGUGUGGGGUCAGGAGGCACCUGCCAUUUAUCCUGCCUCUAUUGCCCACCUGUUCAGACAUUCCUGGGGCCGAGCCCCUGCCCUGCCCACUUGAUUCACCCUUCCUCUGCCAACAGUCCUCGGGGCAGGGUUUUAUGGUUCUGAUAAAGUCUUGCAAGGGCAAAGUCCAGAAAUACUUCCUCCUUUUCUGGGCCCUAGGAGAGCCAGCAUCCCUGCUGCCGAGAUGGGAGGCAAGGGCGUGCCCUAGAGGUCCUCACCAGAGAGACCUCAUGAACUCUCUCCCCUGUCAGCCACUCCCUCUAGUAUAAGGGCCACCAGCAGCCAGCCACCACUUCCCACACAUCUCUUCUCUCAGGAUAAGCUAUCAGUCCAGACUCUCAAGAUGGCCUAUGUCCCAGCACCCGGCUACCAGCCCACCUACAAUCCGACGCUGCCCUACAAGAGGCCCAUCCCAGGUGGCCUCAGUGUCGGAAUGUCCAUUUACAUCCAAGGAAUAGCCAAAGACAACAUGAGACGGUUCCACGUGAACUUUGCUGUGGGGCAGGAUGAGGGGGCAGAUAUUGCUUUCCACUUCAACCCCCGGUUUGAUGGCUGGGACAAGGUGGUCUUCAAUACGAUGCAAAGCGGACAGUGGGGCAAGGAAGAGAAGAAGAAGAGCAUGCCUUUCCAAAAGGGUCACCACUUCGAGCUGGUGUUCAUGGUCAUGUCUGAGCACUACAAGGUCGUGGUAAACGGAACUCCCUUCUACGAAUAUGGGCACCGGUUGCCCCUACAGAUGGUCACCCACUUGCAAGUGGAUGGGGACCUGGAACUUCAGUCAAUCAACUUCCUUGGGGGCCAACCUGCUGCAUCCCAGUAUCCGGGAACCAUGACUAUUCCAGCUUAUCCUAGUGCUGGGUACAACCCUCCACAGAUGAACAGCCUGCCUGUCAUGGCGGGACCCCCGAUCUUCAAUCCGCCUGUGCCAUAUGUGGGGACCCUGCAGGGGGGCCUUACAGCCCGAAGAACCAUCAUAAUCAAGGGAUAUGUACUUCCUACAGCCAAGAACCUUAUCAUCAACUUCAAGGUGGGGUCGACCGGAGACAUAGCUUUUCACAUGAACCCCCGCAUAGGUGAUUGUGUGGUUCGCAACAGCUAUAUGAAUGGCUCUUGGGGCUCCGAAGAGAGGAAGAUACCCUACAACCCGUUUGGCGCUGGGCAGUUCUUUGAUGUGAGUCUGGGGGUCCUCUUCUCGGUUCCCACAAAUCCCAGUCUGGCUGGACCUCAUCUUUCCUUUCCCCUACAGCUGUCAAUCCGCUGCGGCACGGAUCGAUUCAAGGUGUUUGCCAACGGCCAGCACCUUUUCGACUUCUCACAUCGGUUCCAAGCAUUCCAAAGGGUAGACAUGCUGGAGAUCAAAGGCGACAUCACCUUGUCCUAUGUCCAGAUCUGAGCUCCUCCUGGGGAAGGAAGCAGAGAGAUACCCAAGUUCCAUCUAAUCCCCUAAUAAAAUGUUGAAGAGGG